UAGAUGCAAACAUCCGGUAUUUUUCAAUAGAGAUCCGGUAAAAACAAUAGAUUUGACUUGAUAUCCUGUGUAAAUUUACUGUAUGAUUCUAGAAUAUUAAUUAGAUUCUUUAAUUUAACAGUAGGCUAACUGCACAACUGUUCAUUCACUGCAAUAGAUCAAGAAUAAUUCUAGAAAAUAGUUGUGAUCAAUGGCUGCCCUUACUGUGAAGGAGCUCGCAUCUUUGCUCAGUGUUUUAUCAGAGGAUGCAACACAAGCUCAGUCAUUUGAAACCCUGGCUAAUUCAUUUCAUCAUUAUUUCACCAACAAACAUGAUCAUUUUAAAGUUGGUCAAGCUCUGGUUUUGCUACUACAACAUCGAGAUUUGCUUCCACACCCAACACAAAAAUUAGCUGCUGUGUUCAUACUUUAUGAGAUGUAUAAAACAGAUCCAGUUUCAGCAAAUCCAUUUGCUGCAGUUUUUCUUAACCUUUUACAAGAAACUACAGAAAGAAAGGAGCCAAAUCCGUAUGAUCUACAAUCAUCAAUACCUCCAGUGUCUGCAGCAGAAAGAUAUUUUCUAUCUAAUCUUGUCACAAGUACUUCAAAAGAGUUGUUAAAAAAAACACCAGCUCAAAUCAUUCAAAUGGAUGUGACAGGUAAACAGCCAAUGGAUAUUAGUCAAACACAACUAUUCAUUGUGCAAAGACAGUCAGAAAUGCCACACACAAGCAAGACAGCAAUGAGCUGUGUGUUAGCUGACCCUGAAACAAAACCCACCAGCUUUGAGCAGUUUGGCAAACCAAACAUGAUAAACCCUGACAUUCAAAGAGAUGUAGCAGAGACUCUGCUCACAGGAACUAAAAGUGCUGUAGAUAACACACUUCGGCCUGAAUUCAUAAGACUGGCUCCUCCACUACAUAUAGCUGAUGAUGAGAUGGCCUGGAUGCUUCCAUCAGAUACAGAAUUUAAUGUAGCUUGGGAUACAACAAUGUGUGUGAACACAUCAACAGGGGUUGAAGUGCGCCGGCUUAUGGCUAAAGCAUUUAAAGGUGCCUUAACACCUCCCCAGCAGCAGCAGAUUAAGAAAGAACUAGAUAAAGAUAGCAAACUAGUCUACAAUAUUGGAUUAUCACCUGCUAAACUACCAGACUUAGUUGAAAAUAAUCCAUUAGUUGCCAUUGAAGUUCUGCUCAAAUUAAUGAACUCAACACAAAUUACAGACUAUUUUCAAGUACUGGUGAACAUGGAAAUGUCUCUUCAUUCAAUGGAGGUUGUUAACAGAUUAACUACACAAGUUGAACUUCCAUCAGAAUUUAUCCACCUGUAUAUUUCAAACUGUAUUACCACAUGUGAGACCAUCAAAGACAGAUACUUUCAAAAUCGAUUAGUUCGGCUUACCUGUGUUUUUCUACAGUCUCUAAUACGUAAUAGAACUAUAGAUGUUAAGGAUAUUUUCAUUGAAGUUCAAGCAUUUUGUAUAGAAUUUAGCAGAAUUCGAGAAGCUGCUGCAUUAUUUAGACUUCUGAAAUCUCUGGACAAUGACAAAGAGCCAACUAGCACUGGAAGAUAAAUUGACAUGGUUGAAAGUGUUGAGAAACUAUAAUUGUAAUUUGUAUGUAUUGAUUUUUAGUAAAAUUAUUAAAAUUUGCAAGGUAACACAAAACUGUAUUCUAUUUAUUUGAUUAGUAUCCUAUGUUGAUUUCGUUUCAACUUUGCACAUACAUGUACAUACACCAGGUGGUAGUGAUGAGUCAGGUGAGGAUGCCAGACUAAGUUGAAAGAUACAUAUUUAGGGGAGGUAAUACCAUUGUGAAUUAUUUUUUGUGGAAAUGUGA